AGUUUUCCUGUCCAAGUACCUUGUUUUCGCGCUCUCCUAAUCGCUACAUUUCGCGCUCGGUUAUUUGGUCAUCGCACCUUUUUUCUCUUCUCCCCUCCCUCAUCCGACCCGCCAAGAUGUCUGUUGCUGUGGCAACGCUGACGACCUACAUGGCCGCGACGGACUCGCGCGAUAAGAUGAUCAAAGGCGCUGGUUGUUUCUUCAAGAUGCUGGGCGCGCUGAACGCGAACCCGAACUUCAUUAAGACUGGCUCCGCCAUGUCGGAUGCCCGGUGCAUCAUCCGUAUGCUGUCGUGGCUCGGCAACGUGCAGAAGAUCAGCGACGCAAUGGAGAAGCGCAUCGUGCAACCGCGUGACGUGGUCUACGUCCUGCGCGUGCUCUUCGAUGGCAUCUUCAGCCUUCUCGACAAUGUCGUGUUUGCCGGCCGCUUCUUCAAUAAGCAGUGCCCCAAGCUGACCCAGAUGUCCUACAUCUCCCGCGCGUCGCUCUUCUGGGGCUACGUGGCGGCGGUCAUCCUCGACGUCACGGACCUCGCCAAGGACCCGAAGAUGCCGAACCGCGGCGACCGCGUCCUCGUGCUGACACGCAACACGUGUGACAUGGUCUCCGCCAUUGGCAACGUGUCCAGCAUCGACAUUGGUGCCGCCAACGUCGCCGGCCUUGGUCUCCUCAGCGCCAUCAUCGCCACGCGGGAGCAGAUCAACGCGGCGUACAUCAAGACGACCGGAAAGUCGACGGGUGCGGCCCCUGCCAAGGCGGUGUCCCCAGCUCCCGCAGCACAGUCCGCGCCUGCAGCCCAGGGCAAGAAGUGA